GCAUCGUUGUGCAAUACGAGAGGUUCGCGUGUUACAUGAGGGAAAUUCAAAACAAAGACAGGUACCCGCCACGUGAGAGAUUCGAAUAGUUGCCAAUAGUUGUAUUUGCAUGUGUGUCGUCGGAUCGGUGGGGACUGAACGAUCGAUCAACUGCUGAUUCAUCUCGUUUUCAUCGGCUACUGCACGUUGCUGCACGUCCAACUGGCACAACCUCUGCGACAAACAGAUGGGAUACGACGAAUUGAGAUAGAUUAAUGGAUAAGUAAACAAAGUGCGAAUACGACGUGAGAACAGACGACAUUAACCCGGCCAUGGAUCUGCCAGAGACUGACAACGCCGAAGAUGAGUCUGACGAAUUGUUCUCAGAUGACGAACAAAAGAAGGAGAUUAGACACAGACCCAACGUCUGCCAGGAUACCUCAGUUUUAAGUCGGUCUGAAACACCUUUGUCGUUGCUUGAUAGUCCCAGUACGAUAAUGCCAACUGAUGCCGUAAUUCCAUCUACACCGUUGAGUCUGUUGCCAUUUUUAAGUAAAAUAAAUGAACAGUGGAGUAGCGACUUAGAGACCCCACAAGCUGAACCUCAUACGAUAUCAACGACUAGCGCAACAACAGAAGAAACACCUAGGGGUGAACAGCGUACACCCGACGUUUCAAGUGUUAAAAGCGUAGAAAAAAUUAUUUCUGAUUCUCCUGUUAUUGCCUCUAGAGCGUCGCGGAGACGUUCCAAGCGUCGUAUAUUUAGAUCUUCUAUAUCUAUAGACCCAUUGGCUGUAACUGACAAUGAAGAUAUUACUGCAAAUGUACAAUCUGUUAUUUCUGACGAUGCUAAUUCCGUAGCACAAGAUGACACUACAAAUGCUGCAAUAUCCACUUUGUCUCUUGAAACUGCUCUUAAAGAUGACGAGUCAAAAGUUCUCAAUAAAAAUCAAGACACAUGUAAUAAUGAGGAAUCAAAAAAUAUUACGAACGACGUACCUGAUAGUUUAAACACAUCCACACAAGAGUUCUUUAGCAAUGUCUCAUUUAGUAAGAUAGAUGAGUUAUGUUUGGACACUUUUAACAAUCAAAAAACAAUGGAGACUACUGUCACACAAUGUAACUACGAACAGAACGUCGACAAAGGAAGGAAUAUUGAGGAGAAUGAAAAUAUAGGUUUUUUUACUGCUCGUGGUGCUUCAAUUAAUGUAUCAAAGCAAGCGUUAUUUAAAGCGAAGAGACUGUUCGCAGAUAUGGAUGAAUCCACCUUUGAUAUGGAUGAAAUGCAGACGCAGAAUUAUGAACCACCCGCUAAAAGAAAUAAAUCUAAUGAAGAGAAAAAUAAGCAUUUACCAUCCUCUUCAUUCGUUAAUAACGUUUUCGUCAACAUUGCGAAAGAAGCAUUAUCCAAACCAAAACCGCUUGUAAAACAAUUGAAAAAUUACGACAAUGUAUACACUGCAGAUUGUAAAAAACCAUUUGUAAGUAAAAGUUUUAGUGAAGAAGUCAAUGAAGCUCCUAUUUUAUCAACUGCUAGUGGCAAUCCUAUUAACAUCUCAAAGAAAGCGUUGUUAAAAGCAAAAGCGUUAUUAGCGGAUGAAUCACACAGUAUUGAUGACGAUGAACUAAUAAAAUAUUAUGAGAGAUCUACCGUUAAAAAAUCUAUACCAGUAAAAAUUAAGACCCUACCAUCGUUUUCUGCAACCAGUGGUAAAUCUAUCAAUACCUCAGGAGAAUCACCGAUCAAAGCAAGAACAUUGUUCGCGGAACAUUUGGAUGAUACAGUUGAAGUAGUCGUUGCAGAGGAAACCAAUGCUCAUAAUAAAGAAACGAAAGGAUUAGAGAUAAAAAUGUCAAAUAUUAAAUUUAAAUCUCCUGGUAGCGCCAUUGGUAUUUCUGAACAGAUAUCAAAAGCAAAAUUAUUUGAUAAACGAUUGGAUGAUCAAGUGAAACCAGUAAUUGCAAACAAAGUUAAUAAAAUCAACGAAUUAGAAAAUGUGCAAGAGGUAAAAAUUCCAAGUAUUGGAUUUCAAACCGCUGGUGGAACAUACAUCAAUAUCUCGGAACAAGCAUUAUCCAAAGCAAAAGCGUUAUUUGCGGAUGAAUUAGAUUGUCCUUUAGAAAUGGAUAUUCUUAAAAAUAGUGAUCGCGAUGAAGAAAAGAUUAAAAAACGCGACUUAGCAAUUCCAUAUGGUGGAUUGCAAACUGCAAGCGGUCAAGAGGUACCGGUUUCGAACAAUGCUGCAUUAACAGCACGAGAAUUAUUCUCCAAUGACUGCCUGGAUGAAAGUAAUCCUGACUUGGGGCGCGCAUCGUUGCAAAAGCGCAAACUAAGCGAGACUAAUGUAGACGGGAGCACACCGCAGGGCAGGAAUUACACGUCCGAAACGAAAAAGGCUCGUCUCAGCAGCGAAUUUCAAGCAAGAAAAUUGUUUUCCGAUAAUACGAGUACUAGCACGGAUAACGACGAAAAUCAAGAUCCUGAUAAAAAAAGGCAAACCUCUUCCAUUGUAGAUUCCAUCUCGGGAUCGCCUAAAAAGGACUCGAUAGAAUCAACCGAAUCGGAAACAGCGGGCAGUCCUAUUAUAGGAAGGCAGUCUAGCUUGAGGAAGCGAAAGAAUAUAGGAUAUCAAAGGGACGAGUCUAAUACAUCGCGAGCAGAUAACAAGAUGCUAGAUAACGAGAGUGCAGCAUUGCAAGAGAACGUUGUGCAAGGAAGCGCGACUUGCGGAAAGAUUGAGGACGAUAAAUUAAAUACGAAGGAACCGACGCAAGCCGUGCAGGAAAAAGCAAAAGGCAAUAGCGCGGCAUUGAAUGAGUACAGCGACACUCAGAUGAUGAUGGAUUUUAUCGAUCAAUCGACGAAGGUUCUACAGGAUCGCUUGGCAGCCGCGUUAGAGCAGGAGACGAUAAUCACCGCGAAGAGGAGACGAGCGCAAUCGGAAGGAUCGAAGCAAUCGAUGGGUCACCUGUACCGUUACAAGCAGAUUAAUUCUAACGCUCGUUUAUCGAUGAGUGAGAUCGGCGAUGGCGCGCCGCCCAUGCCAUGUUCCUACCAGGAGCUUGUCGAUCGACGGAUAUCACCAAAAAUCCUGGAGAUCACCGCUGCGACCGCCGCGACGUACAAAUUCCGUUGCUCCGAUUUUUAUGGGGACGAUGUGGCGCAUAGUAACGUUCGCGGGAUAGAAAUGGAGGACGGUGUACGUUUAAUCCUGGAUGAGAAUGGAUACGCGGGAGUCUGGGAGUUUCUCCGUGCAUUUCUUGCCAGUCCGGGUGUAGAUCCGAAUCUCAUUCCCGCACGCUGGGUCGAGAAUCAUUACCGGUGGAUCGUGUGGAAAUUAGCGUCGAUGGACCGAAUGAAGUUCGGCUCGGUCAAGUUACCCAGGGCAUUAACACCUUCACACGUUAUGGCACAAUUAAAGUAUCGGUACGAUCGAGAGAUCGACCGCUCUCAGCGACCGGCAAUAAGACGCAUUUUGGAAAAGGACGACGUUGCGUCUAAGAGAAUGACUUUAUGCGUGUCAUCUAUAAUAGAAAAUAAUAACGUAAGUAUGGAAAUAGGGAAGAGUCCGCACAUGGGAGUACCAAAAUGGAGAAUAGAAUUAACCGAUGGUUGGUACAGUACAAAUGCCUGUAUCGAUAUAGGCAUGGUGAAGAAUAUAUCAACUGGUAAAAUAAGAGAGGGCACGAAAUUGGUGUUGUCCGGCGCGGAAUUACUCAACUGCGACCAAGGUUUCUAUCCACUCGAGGCACCGGCUGACGUGUGCUUGAAAUUGCAUACGAAUUCAACCAGGCGCGCACGAUGGGACACGAAAUUAGGAUACGCGCCGCGUUCGGGGCCGAUACCCAUCAAGUUACGUAACGUGUGUCCGAGCGGCGGUUUAAUCGGCAAAAUGACGAUUGUCGUCGCUAGAGUGUAUCCGAUGUUAUAUCACGAGAAAACCGCAUCCGGAGAUUCGAUUGUCAGAAACGCUAAAAGCGAAGAGAAAGCGCAAAACAAAUACGAGCAGCAAUGUUGGUCCAAGAUAGAGUCGUUCUACGCUCAAGCAGAGGACUUUCAAGGAAAAGGACUUUCUUGCGAAACUAAUGAUAUGGCGAUUCAACUGAGCGAAGAUUACGAAAACUUGUCUACGGAGGAAUCCGUCUCUAAGAAACGACAUGAUGAAUUACUGCAAGAGUUACGUCAGAAGGAGGAACGGUUCAAACAGAGGAUGCAGUCAAAAUUGCGCGAGAGCUUGCCGGGGCCGCGACAGGUUUCUCAGUUGCUCAAAGUUCGCGUGUGUGACGAAAGUGCGAAUGCCAUUCUCUCAGUUUGGUCGCCUAGCGAAGAGGUUGUCGACGCUCUCAAAGAAGACGCGUGUGUUUCGCUCUGCAACGUCGUGGCUUCCGGAAAGAGGGGUACCGAAUUGCAACUCACCGCGCGUCGGUCUGCAAUCUUUAAACCGGGAAAGAUGCGCGAUGCGUCUUAUCCCGCUAGAGUGUGCACGUCGCUAGACGAAAUAGCAAAUUCCGAGUUCGUUCCACCUUAUGGAGAGUUUGAUACGGUCGGUUUUGUCUGUUCAGUCGGUCCUGCUCCUUAUGGUAUGAGAGACUUUGAUGCCGUACAUUUGGCAUAUUGUAAAGCGGGUUCGAGCGAAUCUUCGUACCUUUCAAUAUUGUUUUGGCAAGGAAUAGCCAGUUACGGUUAUACAGAGAUUCUUACUGUCGGAUCUAUCGUAGCUUGCAGCAAUUUAGAAUGGCGGAGGGCAACUUCGUGGAAUGUCCCAGCGGCGUAUUGCACGGAUAGAAGUACUUUUACGCGCAAUCCUCGCCGAAAUCAUUUAUACGAAUCCUUCGAAAAUCUGCGAAACCUGAUCAUGGAUCCAAUUAAGUACGCUGAAAGCUGCACUUUCGAGCUUAACGUGGAAUUGCAAAAGAAGUCGACGCCUACGCGCUACUCGACGGGUAAAAAUACUCCGAUUAAAAUAUACACUUCGACGUCAAGCGCUGACAAAAAAUUGGUCGACUAUACGUCGCCGCUGGCGGUACCGAAAUUGGGAGUGGACAACCGCUCGAGUUUUAUCUCAUCUAAUCCCUCGAUUAAGAAACGACUCGAGAAACUCCAACAAUACGGCGAAGCGCCUCAACUAUCUCCUAUUAUACUAAGAAACUCAAAGAGGAUAUGUUUGGAUUUUCGAUCACCUAUCCUUCCCAUUUCAGACGUAAACUCGACAGAGACAACAAAUGCUAAUCAACCCGAGGAAUUAAAGUCCAGUAUCUCGGAAAAGCAUUGAUAGUUAU